AUGGAGAGGAUGGACUCAAAUAUGAAGUUACUAGGGAAGGACAUAAGAAGAGAGAUGGAGCAAUUAAGAGAGGAAAUGAGAAGAAGGGAAGAGGAAUGGAUAGAGCAGAAAAGGAACCUGGAGAGGAAGAUGGAAAAAAUGAUGAAGAAAAUGGAGCAGAUGGAGAGAAGAGAAGCGGAGGACGUGAGAUGGAAAGCAAUAGAAGAAAAAAUGCUCAAGGUAGCGCAAGAAGCAACAGGAAAUAGAAGAGAGGAGUCUGACGGGGCUAAAAUAAAAGAGAAAUUGAAGGAGAUAGAAAGAAUAUUGGAGAGGAAAGAUAAAGAAGAGAGAAGGAAAAACAUAAUCAGAGGAACAAAAGUGAAAAGAGAGGAGGUGAAAGAAAAGGCAGAGGAGAUCUUAAAGGUUACGGGGGUAGAGGACGCAAUAGAGGAGCCGAAUUCGAAUGGUUAUCCGAAUUCGAAUGGUUAUGUGAGAACCCAUAUAUGGGUUUAUAGCGCUCAAAGGGUUAAGAAGAGUCGCAAGAGGAGAAAGAGAGAAAGGAAAAAACAUAUGGGUAGACUUCAAGAAACUAAGAAUAGAAGGGAAAUGGUGGAAAUGGGAUGA